CUUUCUAUCUCUUAAAAACGCCCCACAAAAACCAAGGCCUAAAUAAACCUGAAUCAUUCAUUCAUUCAUUCAUUCAUUCAGCCUCCCUAAUACUUAGCCACAUCUAUUGCAUGCUCUCUCCCCUCAUCUCCUUCUUAUUCUCUGCAAUAUAUCAUAGUGCCAAACUCUCAUCUUUCUCUCUCUCUCUCACACACACAAUAUAAGUCCACCCUAAACAAUCACCAUGGCAGUUGAAGCUAGUUACAUGAAUCUCUUGCCUUCUCAGUUACUCACUAACAGAGAACUCAUCAAAUCCAAUCAACAGCUACAGCAUCAAUUAAACUCUGAUUACAUGUACAACACUACUACCCAGAUGGAUUCUUCUUCAGCUUUGCCUCAACCAGCAACAAUGCCUGAAUCACUCUUGUCCUUCUACCAAUCCAACUUUUGUGAUCCAAACAAGGCAGAUAGUGGUCUCACCUACCAUAUUCCUCUCCAGAGAAAGCGUUCAAGAGAUUUCACCACCGAAUUAACCUCUCUCCCAGCUCACCAGAAGAACAAAAUCUCCUCUGAUCCUUCCUUUCUCAACCAAGAGAUUCUCUACCAAUUUCAGAACCAACAAUCGGAAAUUGAUCGAGUCCUUGCCCAUCAUACUGAGAAAGUGAGAAUGGAGCUGGAGGAACAAAAAAUGAGGCAAUCAAGGAUGUUUGUGAGCGCAAUCCAAGAAGCAAUGGCGAAGAAGCUGAAGGAAAAAGACCAAGAGAUUCAGAGAAUGGGGAAGCUGAAUUGGGCCCUUCAAGAAAGAGUCAAAAGCUUGUGCAUGGAGAACCAAAUUUGGAGGGAAUUGGCACAAACAAACGAAUCCACAGCCAACUACCUACGAAGCAAUUUGGAACAAGUGCUGGCACAUGUCGGCGAGGAACGCGCCACCGUGGCCGAUGAUGCUCAAUCUAGCUGUGGCAGCAAUGAUGCGGCGGAGGCCGGAAACGACACUGCGGCGUCCGCGGCGGCGACCGGUCGUGGUAGGUUGUGUAAGAACUGUGGGCUGAGGGAGUCAGUGGUGCUGUUGUUGCCCUGCAGGCAUCUUUGCCUUUGCACAAUGUGUGGGUCCACAGUAAGGAAUUGUCCUAUUUGUGACUCUGACAUGGAUGCUAGCGUGCAUGUCAAUCUCUCUUAGUACAACUUUUUUUCUUUUUUCUUUUUACAUAAUUUUCAUUGUAGAGUUUAGAACAACAGAAACUAGAAAAAAAAUAGUUUAUCUUGUCAAAAAGACAGUUAGAAGAAAAAAAAAAUAGAAUUUGGAA